AUGUGGCCCUCUCCCCUUGCAAGUAAUGAGGCUCCUCCCUCUCCACGCAACCCUCCAAGUUCUUCGUCUUCCUCUUCUGCUUCGUCUUUCUCGUCGGUUUCCUUUGUUUCGUCUCCUGCGCGCGGGCCCUCUCCCCUUCCUCUUCCCGAGCAUGGAAGCUGCGAGAAUUCGCCCAAACGCGAAGGGGCGAGACGGACCCGACGAGCAGAGACUGUCUCCUCGGAGACUCCCGCCGAGCCUAGCGGGUCGCCUUCGAAGCUGACCGUUCGCGCCGAGCGCUUCUGUUCCCUCCUCGAGCGGUCCAAUAUUGAUCUAAACGAACUGAAGCAGCUGCUCUGGAGCGGCGUGCCCAAGUGCUGUCCGACCUCCGUUCGCAGCGACUCCUGGCGAAUCGUCCUCGGAUACCUCCCCGUCAAUCGCGAGCGCGUCACUCACGUUCUCGCCAAGAAGCGCAGCGAAUACAAGGAACUCCUCGAGCACUACUACGAGAAAGAAGCUCUGUCCGUUGAGGAAGGCAAGCUGCUGCGACAGUUGCGCGUCGACAUUCCGCGCACGCAUUCUGGUCGCCUCUUCUUCAGCCAUCCUCGAAUUCAAGGAUGCAUGGAACGAGCACUGUUUCUCUGGGCCGUGAAGAAUCCUGCCAGCGGAUACGUCCAGGGUAUCAACGAUCUGAUCACUCCGUUUCUCUCUGUCUUCCUCGAGAGCAGUCUCGGACGAGACCCCGACACAGUUUCCAUUGAAGACUUGUUCAUUGCGGUGUACAUCCACCUGCGAUUUCUCUCUCAGAUUCCUGUCGAGAUCCUCGAGGAGGUCGAGGCGGAUUCGUUCUGGUGUCUCUCGAAACUGCUUGCGCACAUUCAAGACCACUUCACUUUCGGACAGCCAGGAAUUCAGCGCUCCGUCUUGAAGCUCACCGACAUCGUCAAGCGAGUUGAUGAGCCGCUGUACGUACACCUGACGUCACAAGGUGUUGACUUCCUGCAGAUGUCUUUCCGGUGGAUGAAUUGCCUGCUUAUGAGAGAGUUUCCCCUCAGAUGCGUCAUCCGCCUCUGGGACACCUACAUCGCCGAGCAAGCUGAAGGCUUCAGCUCCUUCCAUGUCUACGUGUGCGCGGUCUUCCUCGUCUUUUGGUCGCCGCAACUCAAGGAAAUGAACUUCCAGCAGUUGAUGAUUUUCAUCCAAAACUUCCCAACAGCGGACUGGACUGAGCAGGAAAUUGAGACUCUCCUCGCUGAAGCGUACGCGUCAUCUCGGCGACUUCUCAGUCAUCUCUUUCGAAAGUGA